AUUUUGUAUGUUUAAAACAAAAACAUUACAAUAUUUUCUUUCACGAGGAAAAAGGUUACUCAACUGAUUUCAAUAUAUAGCUUCAUUUGGUUUGUUAAGGUUGUAAAUGAAUACAUUUGUUUUGUUUAUAAGAUAUGUCUGCCAAUUCAGCUUCAACAUCUAGCUCAAGACCAAGUACUUCUGCUGUUCGUGCUUUAUCCUUAGAGUAUAAAUCUUUACAAGAAGAACCUGUAGAAGGAUUUCGCGUGAAAUUAUUAAAUGAGGACAAUCUCUUUGAAUGGGAAGUAGCAAUAUUUGGACCACCAGAUACAUUAUAUCAAGGAGGUUAUUUCAAAGCACAUAUGAAAUUCCCUCAUGAUUAUCCAUAUUCACCGCCUUCUAUUAGAUUUUUGACAAAGGUUUGGCAUCCGAACGUAUAUGAAAACGGCGACCUCUGCAUAUCAAUAUUGCAUCCCCCUGUUGAUGAUCCUCAAAGUGGGGAACUUCCUUGUGAACGGUGGAAUCCGACGCAAAAUGUGCGAACAAUCCUUUUAUCUGUAAUAUCAUUACUCAAUGAGCCUAACACUUACUCUCCAGCAAAUGUGGAUGCUUCAGUUAUGUAUAGGAGAUGGCGUGACUCUCAGGGUACAGAUAAUGAAUAUCCAAACAUUAUUCGGAAACAAGCCCUAGCUGCAAAUGCAGAAGCUAAGAAGGAAGGCAUCAUUGUUCCAAUGACAUUAGAAGAUUAUUGUAUUAAACCUGUCCUUAAGCCUAUAUCGGAACCUUUAUUGGACGCAAAUUUUUAUGACUUCGAAGAUGACUUAAGAUUUGAUGAUGUUGAAGAUGAAAGCGAAGACGAUGAAAAUGAAGAAUAUAAUGAAAUGGAUGAUCUCAAAAAUAGUAAAAACGAAAAUUCAUAAUUAUGAAAUAUUAAAUUAGACACAUUUGCUACAGUCCCUCUUUUACAUAUUAAAAAUUUCAAUUUCAACGAUAAUUAUGUAUAUAAAAUAUACAUAUUUUAAAAUUCUGAAUAGGAGUAAAUUAUAUUUAUAGUUUGAUCGGUGCUUAAAAAUUGUCUUUGUAAGAAAAUUAGUAAGUACGUAUGCAGAAACUUACAAGGAAAUCCAUGUUGCUCACAUUAUUUUUUGAAUUAUACCUUUGCAAAAUUGUUUGUGAUUAAGCGAUACAAUGUUAUGAAAAUAAGUUAAAAAUAAUAUAGAAUAUAGUAGAGAGUAGAAAUCCUCUCGAAAUAAUUGUGCAUUCUUUGGAUUUUCAUUAAAAAAUACUAUUUUUUAUACCAUCUUCUGGAAUCAUAUUUUUCUUAUUUACAAUUAAAAAAAUCACAAUUGAUUUAUUCACAAGAUCGACAUUUUGGUUUCAAAAUGUACAACCAUUGUGUCGAAUAUGUAUAUGACUCAUGAUGUUAUAACUUCAGUGUCAUAUUGUAUUGCAUGAUAACAUUUAACAUAAAUAUAUGACAAGUAUGUUUUUAAUCUGCAUAUUUUUGAGUUUGGCAAUUGAUUUUUUAUUACAUUUUUAUAAAUACAGCUGUUUUAUCGUAAAAGCGUACAUUGGUCAGCUGAUAAUUACCUGAACUUGCAUAUAAUAUGAAAAAAACCUGUUAAAUGCGACCGUUCACAACUUCAUUAUAUGUAGGCUUGUAUUAAAUUUUGAUUCCAAAUGAUUUUCGCAUUUCUAAUAAAAUUAAAUUUUCAAAAAGUU